AAUUCAUCCAUCUUCCUUCUCCUCAAUUUGCUUAUUCCAUUUUCUUCUCUCGAAUAGGUCUAUUAGACCCUUAAGUUGGUCCCUAUAUUUAUCAUCAAUUAGGUCUCUAUAUUUUAACAACUUACACUCGUUUUAAUACCCAACAUACUCUCUCAUAAGGACUAAAUUGAGUAAAAUUUGAUAGAAUUAAGGCCUUUUUGAAAUUUUCAUAAUCUUAGGCACUCUGGCUUUGUCGUGAUUUUUGAGGAGAGACGAGACUAUAAGGAGGAUUGAAGCAAAACCCAGUGCCAUGACACCGAAUUCACAACGAACUGGUGUUAUAGCUGUAAAAUGUGGAAUGACUGCACUUUUGGAUAAAUUGGGUGCUAGAGUUCCAAUUUCUAUCCUUUGAGUUGAAAUGCUUAGUUAUUAUUUUGUCAAUAAUUAUUAAAUUUGUAUUUGUGGAAUUAAAAAGAAUUACCCUAACAUGAUUUCUUUUUGAUUACAUAAUUAGGAUUUUUUUAAGUGUUUUGAUCCACCUCCAAUUGGUCAGCAACAAAUAAUAAUAAGUUGCCACUCUCCAUAGUCCUGAUGAUACAAUAAUAGGUUGACAAAUUCAAACAUGUUCAGUAGUUUCAACUUAUCAGGGUGUAAUCGACCGGUGGGAUUUCAAGGGAGGUUCAGCAUAUCCCAUGGGUUCUUCAGGAAUGCUUGGUCCUUGUAAGGUUUUUAAAGGUAAAAAGAUGCCGGGGAGAAUGGGUGGGAAGCAAAGAACAGUAAAAAAUCUAUGGGUCUACAAAAUUGAUCCAGCAAGAAAUUUGAUGUGGGUGAAAGGCCAGGUCCCGGGAGCUACAGGGAACUUUGUUUUUAUAAAAGAUGCAGUUUAUGAAAAACCUGACACAUCUAUACUUCCUUUCCCAACUUACUUUGUGCCAGAAGAUGAAGAUACAGAUGAUAUGAAACCUUUGGUUGCUGAUCUUGGGGAUGUGGAUCCAUUUAUGGUUACUGAUUAAAGAGAUAGUUCAGAAAAUGGGUUUUUGUGUUAGGUUUUCUUCAUGUAAUCAUGUUCUUUUAUUUGAAUAUAGAUAGAUGGGGAAAAUGAGUAUUUUGAGGUGCCACCAUCAAAGGAUGAUUUUUUCACUUGAGUCCUUCACUGGUUAACUUCUAGGGUUUUUACUUUGAGACUUGGAAUUGGUGAAUGACAUACUUCAUUCAAAUUUAAUUGUUGCCUUUUUGAAGCUAACUUAUUUGGCAUAGACCUUGCAGUGUAGUAUCUUAACAAAUUUUGGUAGAUCUAUCUAUUCAGAUUGUGAUAGUUUUAAA